UAUAUCACGUCGACGAUGGCUUCACUUGGAACCCCAACACUCAAAAACCCAUCAUCUGUCUUCCUUUCCUCCAAACCCCGCCUCCCUUCUGUUCUUUCCGCCGCAUUCCCCAACACCCUCCGCUUCCCCCGGUCCCACCCUCAAGGCGGCCGCCGUUUCCUGAUCAUAACCGCUUCCGCGGCCUCCUCUUUCUCCAACAAACCCACUGUCCUCGUCGCCGAAAAGCUCAGCGAAGCGGGCUUGGAACUGCUCAAGGAGUUCGCCAACGUCGACUGCUCUUACAACCUCUCCCCCGAGGAGCUAUGCACCAAGAUCUCGCUUUGCGAUGCCUUGAUUGUGCGCAGUGGGACCAAAGUUAACCGCGAGGUUUUUGAAUCUUCUGGCGGAAGAUUGAAGGUCGUUGGGAGAGCUGGUGUUGGGAUCGAUAAUGUGGAUCUGUCUGCCGCCACCGAGCACGGUUGUUUGGUCGUCAAUGCGCCUACUGCUAAUACCGUUGCGGCAGCUGAACAUGGGAUCGCGCUCUUGGCUGCCAUGGCUCGAAACGUGGCUCAGGCUGAUGCUUCCGUCAAGGCUGGGAAGUGGCAGAGGAACAAAUAUGUGGGUGUAUCUCUUGUUGGAAAAACGCUUGCUGUAAUGGGUUUUGGAAAGGUUGGAUCAGAAGUAGCUCGGCGAGCCAAGGGACUUGGCAUGCAUGUUAUUGCACAUGAUCCUUAUGCCCCGGCUGAUCGUGCUCGUGCUAUAGGUGUGGAGCUAGUGAGCUUUGAUGAAGCCUUAGCGACUGCUGAUUUCAUCUCUCUUCACAUGCCUCUCACCCCAGCUACUAAUAAGAUGCUCAAUGAUGAGACAUUUGCUAAGAUGAAGAAAGGUGUUCGAAUUGUCAACGUUGCUCGUGGAGGAGUGAUUGAUGAAGAGGCUCUUGUGAGGGCAUUGGAUGAUGGGAUUGUAGCUCAGGCUGCUCUUGAUGUUUUCAGUCAGGAGCCGCCAAAACCAGAGAGCAAGUUGGUGCAACAUGAGAGGGUUACUGUCACUCCACAUCUGGGUGCUAGUACAAUGGAGGCUCAGGAAGGAGUGGCUAUUGAAAUAUCUGAAGCUGUUGUCGGAGCCUUGAAAGGGGAACUUGCUGCAACUGCAGUCAAUGCACCAAUGGUUCCUGCAGAGAUUCUAACUGAGUUGAAACCUUAUGUCGAACUUGCUGAGAAACUUGGGAGGUUGGCUGUCCAACUAGUAGCAGGUGGAAGCGGUGUUAAAACUGUUAAAGUAUCUUAUGCUACCUCUAGAGCCCCAGAUGAUUUUGACACUAGGUUGCUUCGUGCAAUGAUCACAAAGGGCAUAAUUGAGCCAAUUUCCAGUGUUUUUGUGAACCUGGUCAAUGCUGAUUUCACUGCUAAACAGAGAGGACUGCGGAUUACAGAGGAACGUGUCCUUUUAGAUGGUUCACCCGAGAGUCCACUGGAGUCCAUCCAAGUUCAGAUUGCAAACGUGGAAUCAAAAUUUGCCAGUGCCAUGUCGGAGUCCGGUGAGAUUAGGGUUGAAGGAAGGGUGAAGGAUGGAGUUCCCCAUCUGACAAAAGUAGGGUCAUUCGAAGUGGAUGUGAGCUUGGAGGGUAGUAUUAUACUUUGCAGACAGGUCGAUCAGCCAGGUAUGAUCGGCACAGUUGGCAGUAUUUUGGGCGAGGAGAAUGUGAACGUGAGCUUCAUGAGUGUUGGGAGGGUUGCUCCGAGGAAGCAUGCAGUGAUGGCCAUUGGAGUCGACGACCAACCCAGCAAGGAAAGUCUGAAGAGGAUCGGUGAAGUCCCUGCCAUCGAAGAGUUCGUUUUCCUCAAGUUGUAGUCUGGCUGUAUUGGUACCUACAUAUCUUUUCCUUAUCAGGGAUGGUUGGGCAUUUUUAUACUACAUUGUAUUGUAGUGCUCAAUUUUGGAACUUGUCAUUUGAGUGUGUUGUGUCGUUGCUUUUAGGGUGAUUAAAGUAGGGGGAGAAGGAAUAAUUGAGGUUUGCAACA